UCGAGUCGUUGGCCGCCUCCUCGCCACGCCGCCCCUGCCCCGUCCACAGGCACAGCCCAUACGAUUUCCCUUCUGAAUCCGCCUGAUCGCCUCCUCCGCCACCGCCGUGUUCGAUUCGUCUUCCCGCGGCGGCGGCGGCGGCGGCGGCGGCGAGGAAGAUGGGGGUGGAGGUGCCGCCGGAGGAGUCCAACCGGUGCGUGCGCGGGUGCUGCCGGAGCGCCGCCAUCCCGCUCCACCUCCCGCCCUCCUCCUUCUCCCUCCUCUCCCCCAUCGCCAAAGGGUCGGAGAGCACGGUGUACGAGGCGCGGCUGGGCGGCGAGCGCGUCGCGGCCAAGAAGCCCGUGCUGUCCACCUCCGACGACCUCGACAAGUUCCACUACCAGCUGCAGCUGCUCUGUGAACUGGAUCACCCAGGGUUGGCGAGACUGGUCGCAGCACAUGCACGUCCUCCGAAUUACUUGAUGUUCUUUGAUUUCUUUGAACCUCCAAACCUUGCGGACAAGAUACAUGUUGAGGAGUGGAACCCUUCUGUGCAGCAAGUGGUCACCAUUGCCACUGAUCUAGCAAAGGCUCUCCAAUACCUAAACAUCCUUGGCAUAGUACACAGAGAUAUAAAGCCUGCAAACAUUUUGAUAGAUAAGGACUUCCAUCCACAUUUAGCAGAUUUUGGCUUAGCCAUGUACCAGAAGGACAUCAAGCAUGUUUCAGUUGAAAACUGGAGAUCAUCUGGCAAGCCUACUGGUGGUUUCCAUAAAAAGAACAUGGUUGGGACAUUAAUAUACAUGGCACCAGAAAUUUUGAGAAAGGACAUACAUACAGAGAAAUCAGAUGUAUAUAGCUUUGCAAUAUCUAUCAAUGAGCUACUUACGGGUGUGGUGCCUUAUACAGACCUACGAGCAGAAGCACAGGCACACACCGUUCUUGAAAUGACUUACACCGAACAACAACUUACAGCAGCAAUUGUUUCUCAAGGAUUGCGCCCAGCUCUUGCCCUUCCUGAGUCUGGUGCUCCACCUAGCCUCUUGUCACUUAUCCAGCGAUGCUGGGACUCUGAUCCUCAACAGAGACCAUCAUUUAAAGAUAUAACUGAAGAGUUAAAAAUAAUUGAAAAGCAUAUAGCUGUAAAUUCUUGCUCACUAGCAUCUCCUGCAAACAAGAGUCAAAAUGGCAACACAGAAGUUCACCACUAUCAAGAAGCAUUGAGCUGGUUGAACCAAGGGGAGUUGUUUGCAAAAGGAAACAAAUUGGACAGUACAGUUGACCAUUGGUCUGAUAUUUUCGAUCAGUCCUCUAAGUACUGUCCAACAUUAAGUUGGGGAUCUUUUGCAACAUGUGGUCGAAGAGAAACAAUGGAAGAUACCCAUUUUAUGCUUCCCCACAUGAGCGAAGAAAAGGAUCUGCAUGCAUUUGGCAUUUUUGAUGGUCACAGAGGUUCAGCAGCUGCUGAGUUCUCAGUUCGAGCAGUCCCUGGUUUUCUCAAACAGUUUAAUUCCAAUACAAGCCCAACUGAUGCCCUUACAGAAGCAUUUGUAAGGACUGACAUAGCAUUUCGAGAGGAAUUAAUUCUUCACCAGAAGUCAAAAAGGAUAACCCAGAAAAAUUGGCAUCCUGGUUGCACGGCAGUGACAGCACUGAUAGUGAGAAACAAGCUUUUUGUAGCGAAUGCUGGUGAUUGCCGGGCAAUUCUGAACCGUGCUGGUGAACCAUUUCCUAUGACCAGGGAUCAUGUUGCUAGUUGUCCAAAGGAAAGAGAACGGAUUGUAAAGGAAGGAACUGAAGUCAAAUGGCAAAUAGAUACAUGGCGUGUUGGUGCAGCUGCUCUUCAGGUCACACGGUCCAUUGGCGAUGAUGAUCUUAAGCCAGCAGUCACAGCACAACCUGAGGUUAUAGAAACCAUUUUAUCACCUGAUGAUGAGUUCCUGGUGAUGGCAAGUGAUGGAUUGUGGGACGUGAUGAGCAACGAGGAUGUCCUGUCCAUCAUCAAGGACACAGUAAAAGAGCCUGGAAUGUGCUCCAAGCGGCUGGCCACGGAGGCGGCAGCGCGUGGCAGCAAGGACAACAUCACUGUCAUCGUUGUGUUCCUUCGCCCCGUCUCCACUGCUGAGCGAAUAUACUAACCACAAAGCCUUGUUGGUAACUUCAUCAUUUGUCAGAAUUUUUAGAUACUAUUAUCACCACUGUAAAGGAAAGAAGCCACCGAUUCGUUCUUGUACACAAAUUGGAUUUGCUGAUUACCCUGUCUAGGGCAGAAAGAUGAUUAAUCUUUCUGAUAGGAGAUAUAGCAUUCUUUCAUUGGUCAAUGUUUAUGCAACUCUGAUUCAUCUCAUUUGUGCACCUUCCAGGCCAAAAGAACAAAACAUAUUUAUUCAAUACUUAUCUCAAUAAAAUUUUGUGGAA